CACUCCUACUUGCUAUUGCUAAAUGGUGUUACCUACUAAAUGUGUAAAAAACUCUAGCGCAGGCAAUCUCUAUCUCUCAACAUGGAUGAUGUAAUGACUCUGCAUGUUAUGCUAUAAUUCUCGCCAGCGCAGCAGUGUGAGUUUGGUUAGUGUUACUGCCUGUUAUCACUUCGUAACAAUAUCAUCGUGCAGCACAAGCCGCAGCUACCCGCCCGAUAUCCGUACCUGCCUCCUGCGUGACCCAGGUCAGUUGACAGCCUUGCGCAGUGCAGCCGUUGCUACCCCGCGCCUCGUUUAUACUUGACCCCGCUAUAAGACUCGUUUAGCCCUUCCGUAGAACAAUCACGCCAUCGCCGCCAGUCCAUAAUCGCACAUCAUGGUCCAGCUCGAAUACACAGUCGAGAAGCCGCUCAAUCGAGAGCCAGAGCUCGCCAAGCUCGUCUCCAGCUUCAUCACUGAAGAAGGUGGAUAUGAUCGCAAUCAUGGACCUAUCCCACACCUCGACACAGCCACACACCAGGUCUGCGUGUACGGCCUCGUGAAGAAAGAACUAUCUCUCCACGUGAAGGACCUGCAAGCACUCCCUCAACACAGUGUGAUAUGUGCGCUACAAUGUGCUGGCAACAGGCGCCACACCAUGCGCACGAAGUUAAAGGAGGUCUCCGGCAUCGACUGGUUUGACGGCGCCGUCAUGAACUGCAAGUGGACCGGCCCCCUCCUGAAAGACGUGCUCGACAAAGCAGGCGUCAAGGUCGAAGAGGCUAAGUGGAAAGAUGCACACGUCGCAUUCUCUUGCUUCCAGACACCGACCCAGGACGACGAGUACUACGGCGCUAGUAUACCCUUGUCACGUGCCAUGGAUCCGAACAGCUCGAUCAUUAUAGCGCUCCAGAUGAACGAUAAGCCCCUGCCGCCUAAUCACGGCGCACCGGUCAGAGUUGUCACGCCUGGUAUUGCUGGUGCUAGGAGUGUCAAGUGGCUAGACCGCAUCACGGUGCAGAUGUGCGAAAGCAGCAGCUACUACCAGCAACACGACUACAAGAUUCUUCCGCCUGAGGCUGACUGCAAGGAGAAAGCCGAGCAGUGGUGGGGUAAGGUGGACGCGAUACAAGAGAUGCCGAUCAACAGUGUCAUUGGCGUGCCUAAGACGGGUUCGAAGGUCCAGCGCGACGAGAACGGUACCAUAGAAGUCAAGGGCUAUGCGCUGCCAAGUGGAGCCGAUGGGCCGAUCACAAAGGUCGAGGUUACUGCUGAUGGCGGGGAAACGUGGGUGGACGCCGAACUUGAUCAGAGCCAUGAGCACAGAGACGCAGACUUGAAGUGGGCGUGGACACUGUGGAAGGCAAGAGUCAAGGUUGAGAAGGGCAAGGAUGUGACGGUUUACAGCAAGGCCACUGAUCGUAGCGGGACAACGCAAGAGAAGGAGGUCGAGUGGAACUUUCGAGGUGUUGGAUACAAUGCAUGGGGCGAAGCUUCAGGUCUUGAGGUAGUCUGAUCCAGGAGGCAUUUACCGUUUCUGGUCAUAAGCAUCACAUCAGCAAUCAUCGUAGUCAAUUCCCUCAUAUGCUCUAUCCGAAACACUCACUCCAAAACACCACCCAUGCAAUGCCGCAAAAUAACUCCGACCGCACCAAAAUCCCAGUCUCUCACCCAUUUACAACCCCAGGCUCUUCCUCACAUUCUGCCGCACAAUUGUCUCAUAUUUCUCCUUCUCAUUCCUCCACAUCUUGGCUGCGUCGAUGUUCGCCGGGCUCUCGUCGUUCGGCUCGGCAAGCAUGCUCAUCACGCUGAUAAGGAUCUUCUCGACGCUCUGGAUCGGCGACCAGCGCUCGGAGGCUUGCUCGUAGUGCAGCGGAUCGUCGCCCGGGGGAUGCAGGAUCGAGAUGCAGACCUCGCCGCUGUUG